UUUUGAGUCCCUCAAGGCGGGAGUCCGGUGUAACAACUUUUCAUACAAACAUGGCAGCAGCACGAUCAGGAGAAGAUCCGGGCACCAGCAAUGAUUCAGUACUUGAAUUAGGAGCUGUGCUGCUGAGGGAGUUCAUUUACGAGCGACUCCGUCGUGUUGGGAUCAAUGUAUUGCGGUCCGUACUGGGCGGGAGCGAGCCGAGCGACCCCACCGUUAGAGAACUUGCUCAAUGCUUCCAGCAGAUUGCAGAACAGCUGGAUGGCGACGAAGACCUACAGAGAGUCCGAUGGAACAAGGAGGAAAAUCCCACUUUCGUACCAUAUUCUCUCUCUCGCUCUCUCACUCUCAGAGUCCUUGACAGCUCAACACUGCAGCCAACUAGAGAAACGUUUGUGAGGGUGGCGAAUGAGCUUUUUAGGGAUGGGACUUUUUCCUGGGGCAGAGUGGUGUUGCUGUUCUACCUAGCUGGUCAACUUGUGAUCAAGGCUAUCGAGCAGAAAAUGACAGACCUCAUCAAAAACAUCAUCGAAUGGACUCUGGACUACCUGCGGGAACAUGUGGUUGACUGGAUUAGGGAACAGGGAGGCUGGGGGGUGAUGUGUUCCUUCUUUGGCACUCCUACCGGUCAGACUGCCUGCAUCCUUCUGGCUGCUGUCCUGGUCAUGCGCAGGUUGUGACAGAGAAUGGACAGGUCCCUGCUAAUGUAUAUGCGGUUUAUGCACAGAUUAUCUCUCCUCUGGGACAUGACCAAGAACAAAUACAUUUCUCUGUCUGUAUGGAAAAUGGAGCCCUUUUGGAAGCAUGACUACUUUACAGAUUACUUUCUGAUAAUUCUUGUCUGAGCCUGGGAUUCUCUGUGCUGAAUCUUGGGGCUCAUUAAAGUUCAAGGGACAUGUUUCUGCAGAGAAAAUGGCACUUGGUGGUGGUUGUUGUUGUGUUUUUUUUGUUUGUUUGUUUGUUUGUUUUAAACCUUUGACACGCUUUGGUCGUGGAAUUAGUUCAAAUAAAAAGUUCAAAUAAACAGUUUAGCAACACCCAAAAA